UGAUUAACGAUAAACUAAGUAAGUCCGGCAAACAGGACGGUACAGAGGCACACGUGUCCAUUCGGAAAGAAUGCGAUAAAAUAACAACGUUAUUUAGUACCACGAAAUAGAAUAGGAUCAAUAUUGAGAAAACAAUUCAAAAACAAUAGAAGGAAGUUCCACAAAAGUUAAGAAUGAGUCAUAAAAUAGUAGAUGUUAAAUUUGUAAUUUGUUUUUUCAUUUGUUCCUCCUAAAUAAUAUCAAUAUAAAUAAAUAAAGCUCGACUGUCGCUUAUAGUGGUAUAGAUAACUAGCAGUCUCACUUACGGAGGUCCAUGAGGGAAAAACGACUAUCUCUUACAGAGGUUUCUGUUUCUCUCUAAUAGAGGUUUUAGGAGCUUAAAAUGAGGGGUCCUGGCUAUUACUCUCACUUAUAGAGUUUUCUCACUUAUCCAGUUCUCGAUUAUCCAGGUUUGACUGUAUAUAUAUUUUUUAAGUAUAAAACUUUUCCUUCUCUUUGAUUGCCUUGUUGGGCUACUAUAGCAAGGAUCCAGAUAUUCACAAGAUAUAUUAUGUAACACAGAUGAAGUCAUCUGUGUUAAAGAUAUCUUAGAUAUCUAGUAUUGUUGUACUGUGUUCCCGGACCCUAAUAACAACAUUCUUGGGGCCACAAUAUAUGCUGUCUCUAUGUUCACUUAGGACAUAGUUAAAUCAAUUACAAUUGAAUCGAAUCGAAUCUCUCUCCAAAAUAGAAGGAAAUCAAAUUAAUAAGAACGUGGUAAAAUAUGGUUCUCUAUUAACAACUUGUCGUGAUGAUGACAAACCGUACGAGGCGUAUGAUCUCAUUUUGCAUCUACCUUUGUACAUGUUAUUUUUUGUUAAUUCAGCUCUUUCUCCAGGCAUUGGUGCAUCCCAAACACGAUAGAGACAUCUCAACGUGCCACCUUGAUAUUUACUUAUUGGUAAUAAUUGGUAUUGGUAUAAGUUAAAUUAAAUACGGAAAUAAUUUAGUUUUCCUCAUAGUAGAUAGAUACAAUAGAUAAUUAAAUACCGUUUAAAUAGUUAAUCGUCGAAAUUGAGGGCAUUCAAGUUUAUUCAAUAUAUAACAUAUUAUAAUGAUAGUAUUAUUAGAACUCUAUGUUAUAUCAUUGGUAAGUGUUUUCCGUAAUGCAAUUUGAAUACAAUGAGCAUUCAAAGAUUUUGUCACUGUUCUAUGACGAAUGGGAUUUACAACUAUAAAACUUAUUAUUGCGUAUGUUAUGUGUUCUAUGUUUAUCCUAAUUAUUAGUAGGUAGGUGUACUCGACGGCAUUUAACUGUCAAUGUUUCAGCUUAUAGGGUAGAAAAGCCGCUGUAAUACAAUAAAAAAUAGUAAAAGAUACAUUCAAAGCAUUAACCAGUUUAUGUAUUUUAUAGAUUCCUAGAGACAUAUAUGGAAAGAAACACGUAGUUAUAAUCACAUUAAAUUUCGAUUAUAGGUAAUUGGAAUGAGAGCGAACUAAUUUGAGCCAAUAGAUUCCAUUGUCUAUUUAAAUUAGGCAGACUUUAAAUCUGUUAGUACUGAUAUAACAAAACCGCACAUUGUUUAGAGAUAUUUCGAGAGGCAAGACAAGGCACCCACGCUGUCCUUAAAAAUAUUUUCUUGGCAUAAUGAGUCAUAUAUAUUUUUUUUACCUAAACUGGUAACCGUAGAGGGUUAUGCCAGCGUAACCGAACGAGUAGGUAGCUCACGGGGCUCUAACUAGAGGACGUUGCUAACACCAGCUCUAGCAAGAGCAGUGCUUAGCAAAAUCUACCAUCGGAUCGGAAACGCGACCCACUGAGAAGAGAGGCGAGAAACUCAGUAGGCUGUGUCUGUGGGUUAAUUUACUCGCCGAGCCUUCGUCGCAGGCGAUGGGUUCGGCGAGAACGGAGAUCGCUGCCUGAGGGACCUAAAAGCACUGAUAAUGGAUCCGAAAUGACGUUUUUAGGGCGACGUCAACUGUUUAUCAUUGACGAGACAUGGAAUAAAACAGCUUCAUCAAACUUAAAGUGUAAACAAUUGUCAUACCGAUUUGGCCAUAGAAUAGUGAGAAACAGUAGGCAAUGUUGAGUAACCGGAAUUACGUCAUCAGCAACAAUGAUCAAUAAAAAAAGUAAAAUGGUUGAUUUAAUUUUUAAAUGACAUUUUAAUAUGUUUUCUUAAUACUAUAAAUAUAUUACGCGAACAACUUUUUUUGCACUAGUAAAAUUUUAUUUUGACAUUAAGUUUUAAACAAAUUAUAAUUGUCAUAUCAUCUCCGUGGACCAUGUCAUGGCUUUCCAGAUUCUUCAGAAUAAACAACAACAGAUAAGAUUCAAAGAAAACGUUCGGUGUUGUCAUCGAUAGUCUUUGACCUUCAUGCGACAAACGGUCAGCUCGUGAGCUGAGUGCUUCUCGGUUUCAUUCGCCAUACACGUUCGGUGGUGAUCAGUCACGACCACUGCAAUCAUGAAGCUAUUUAUCGCUCUAGUCGGGCUCUUGGCCCUCGCUAAGGCCCUACCUGCGGUAACCCACAGCAAAGUACUUUGUUACUACGACAGCAGGAGCUAUGUCAGAGAAUCUCAAGCCCGCAUGCUGCCGUUGGACCUCGAUCCCGCUCUGUCGUUCUGCACCCACUUGCUGUACGGCUAUGCCGGUAUCCAGCCUGACACCUAUAAGCUGGUGUCCUUAAACGAGAACCUGGACAUAGACCGAACACACGACAACUACCGUGCGAUCACCAGCUUGAAAGCCAAGUACCCUGGUCUCACUGUAUUAUUAUCUGUUGGUGGCGACGCUGAUACCGAAGAACCAGAAAAAUAUAACCUUCUGCUGGAAUCGCAGCAAGCCCGUACUGCUUUCAUUAAUUCCGGAGUGCUGUUGGCUGAACAAUAUGGUUUCGAUGGAAUUGACCUCGCCUGGCAGUUCCCAAGAGUUAAGCCUAAGAAGAUCCGCUCGACCUGGGGAUCGCUUUGGCAUGGAAUUAAGAAGACAUUCGGCACCACGCCAGUCGAUGAGAAGGAAUCUGAGCACCGUGAAGGUUUCACUGCCCUUGUUCGUGAAUUGAAACAGGCCCUUAUCCACAAGCCUAAGAUGCAGCUCGGCGUGACUGUUUUGCCCAACGUUAAUUCUACAAUUUACCACGACGUGCCCGCCAUCAUUAACUUAGUUGACUAUGUAAACGUUGGCGCUUACGAUUAUUACACUCCGACACGCAACAACAAAGAAGCUGAUUACACAGCUCCUAUUUACACCCCACAAAAUCGCAACCCACUGCAGAACGCCGACGCCGCUGUCACAUACUGGCUCACGAGCGGUGCUCCAAGCCAAAAGAUAGUAUUGUCUAUCGCGACCUUCGGUCGUACCUGGAAACUGGACGCUGACAGCGAAAUUGCGGGAGUCCCUCCAAUCCACACUGAUGGUCCCGGCGAAGCUGGACCAUACGUUAAGACUGAAGGUUUGCUCAGUUACCCAGAAGUCUGCGGUAAGUUGAUCAACCCCAACCAGCAGAAGGGAAUGCGUCCUCACCUCAGGAAGGUUACUGACCCCAGCAAGCGUUUCGAGUUGGGCUUAACGAAGGACACGGAUUUAACUUAUAUUUUUGGAACAUACGCCUUCCGUCUUCCUGAUGACAACGGUGAGGGUGGCAUUUGGGUAUCAUACGAGGAUCCUGAUACUGCUGGCCAGAAAGCUGCUUACGUCAAGUUAGUCAAAGAAUCUCGGUGGUGUCGCUAUUGUGGACCUAUCAUUGGAUGACUUCCGCGGUCUCUGUACCGGAGACAAGUAUCCAAUCCUUAGGGCCGCUAAAUACCGUCUCUAAAAUAUUUUAACUUUUAUCACAUACGUAAUACGAAAUCAUGUAUCCGAAAUUGUAAUACAUAUAGUGUAUUUUUAUUAUUACAAUUACUCGGAUUAAUUCAAUAGAUCAAUAAAAAUAUUUAAUAUAAUAGACUAAUCCAUUGCUUUUAUAUCUAAAGAAACAAUAUGAAAUUGAUAUGGCUUAUAAUAAAAUCCUCUUAAUUUCAA